AGUCAAAUCGUUUUUUCUUUGGGCUCGAGACUCCUCCACUCCGCUUGACUUUGCGUGAGCAAAGAGCCAUGGGGAACGGGAACGGAGUCGCGUGCAACUUCUGCACCGGAGUGGAGGGCAACGCGAUCGAGGGCUCCUUGGCGAAAGAUGGCCAAAGGGAGAAGCGGGGCCCCCACCGGUUUGAAAAUGGUGCAACCUACACUGGCGAGUGGGUAGGCAGCUGUCGGCACGGCGAGGGGGAGCAGGUUUGGCCGGAUGGUGCCAAGUACAAGGGCCAAUGGGAGAACGACAAAGCCCAUGGCUUCGGCCGCUUCGAACAUGUCGACGGAGAUGUCUAUGAAGGCGAGUGGAGGCUUGACAAAGCCCAUGGCGAGGGCGAGUACCAACACGCUGAUGGUUCGAAGUACAAGGGCCAGUGGGCGGAUGAUAAGCAGCAUGGGCUCGGCACGGAGGAGUGGCCUGAUGGUGCCAAGUAUGAGGGCCAGUAUGAGGCAGGACGAAAAAACGGGAAGGGCCACUUCGCGUGGUCGGAUGGCUCGAUGUACGAGGGUGAGUUUGUCGACAACGACAUCAACGGCCAUGGCGUCUACCAAUGGGGCGAUGGCCGGAAGUACACGGGGCAAUGGGUGAAGAAUCGAAUGCACGGCCAAGGCCAUUUCACCUGGGUCGAUGGGCGUUCCUACGACGGACAAUACAAGAGCGACCAGAAGGACGGCUUUGGUACGUUCAAUUGGCCCGACGGCAGGAAGUACGUCGGAGAUUGGAAGGAAGGAAAGCAGCACGGCGUCGGUACCUACGUCACGGCGUCUGGAGAAGAACGAAAAGGUGAAUGGACGGAUGGCCGGCGAGUGCGGUGGAUGGACGAGAACAACAACUGAGUGGGGUGUGAGCUAUGCACAGCUCCAUGAGUUGGAUGGGCGACACCGCGCGCCGAUUUUUGGUAGCCA